CUUAAGGAAAUUUUAUGGUCAGCGGAAAGGGUAGUUGCCGCAAGAAGCACCAAAGACACUGACCGAUUCCGUUGGAGAAAUGCUUUUUUUUUGGUGGAUCAAAUCUCUAUACCACCACCCGUUGCACCGCCUGUCGCUGAGACGAGCAACAAUCCACCCAAAAAAUAUAAAACAAGAAACAAGGGCAAAAAAACCAACGUAUGGUUGGAUAUUGUUCAUUCAUCCCAAGUUGCUCAACCAGCCGCCUUUGAUAUGAUCAAUACCGGUGGGACAACCACCUUUGCUACUGGAGGGUCAAGUAAUCCUG